AUGGCGUUCCUCCGAGAGACCCUCUUUAUUCUCUCCGUCUGCGGUGUGACGAUACUGAACAUCUUCGUGAAUGGGGCUCUUAUAAUAGCGCUGCCCACGCUGGGGAAGGCUCUGCAAUUCAAAGAAUCCGAGCUGCAGUGGCCGCUGAACGUCUAUGCCUUGUCCUACGGGAGCCUCCUACUCCUCUUCGUGCGGAUUGCGGACGUGGUGGGAAGCAAGAAGAUGUUCCUCAUCGGAACAGGCUUCUUUGCCGUGUGGAGCAUCGCCACGGCGCUGUCGCCGAACAAGGUUGCCCUCAUCAUCUUCGUGGCCCUGACAGGCGUCGGUGCCGCUGCAAACACACCUACAGGUAUCGGCAUCUUCGCGUCACACUUUGAGUCGGGCUCUGCUACGAAGAACAGAGCUAUCGCGGCACUGGGCGCCGGGCAGGCGAUUGGAUACAUCGUUGGUCUUAUCGGCGGCGGGAUUCUCUGCCAGAAGGCGUCGCUGUGGCGGGUGAUAUUCUACAUCCAGGGCGGUCUCGCGGCGACGUUCUUCGUACUGGGCGUGCUCACCAUCCCGCCGGACCCCGUGCGGGCGCGGUACACGAAAGGCAUCGACUGGGUCGGCGCAUGCUUGAGCGUGUCGGGCUUUGGGCUGCUCACGUUCGUGCUCUCGGAGUCCACGGCGGUAUCUAGAGGAUGGCGCACGCCGUGGGUGCCUGCGCUGCUUGUAGUGUCGCUCGUGAUCCUGCUGCUGUUCGUUGCAUGGGAGGCGCACCGCGAGCGGGCGGACAGGUCCGUGAUCAUGCCCGUGAGCAUCUGGACGAAGCGCGGGACGAAGAUGGCGCCGAUGGUCGGCAUGGUGUUCCUCGCCUGGGGCGGCUACAACGCGACGAGCUACUUCGUCACGCUGUACUUCCAGCAGGUGCAGGGCCUCGACCCGCUGCGGACGUCGCUCGAGAUCCUCCCGUCCGCCAUCGCUGCGUUCGCCGCGAACGCCGUCACGGGCUGGCUGCUCUCGCGCGUGCGCGGGGACGUCCUCAUCGCGGGCGGGCUCCUCAUCAGCAUGGCCGCGCCGCUGGUGUUUGCGCUGCAAGACAUGCACGCGGGCUAUUGGGCGUCGGGCUUCCUCGUGAUGGUGUUCGUCAGCUGGACGGACGUGGCGUACACGGUGGGCAACCUCCAGAUCAGCAUCGCGUUCGGCGCGGACUCGCAGGGCCUCGCGGGGGGCAUAUUCAACGUUGCGACGCGGCUCGGGACGUCCCUCGCGCUCGCGCUCUCCUCGAGCAUCGCGACAGCGGUGUCGGACGCGUAUGCUGCGCGCCACCCUGCGCUCCCCCGCGGUGCGCCCGCGGUGCUGGAGCGCGGAUUUCGCGCGGCGGGGUGGUUCGCGUUCGCGCUCGCCGCGGCGAGCUUCGUGAUCUGCGUGGUGUUUCUGCGGGGCGUGGGCGUCAUCGGGCGCCCGCCCAAAGAGGGGACGUCGAGUCCUGCGACCGAGGUGGAGGGCGUGUUUGAGGGCGCGGGGAAGAUGCUCGUGGGCCGCGGCGGUGCGAUGCUUUCGGAGAAGGCGGGCGAGGAUGCGAUGGUGAGUGGAGUGAGGUUCGGGGUGGUGUAG